AUGGUCUGUUCAAAAGUUGCGCUCAACAACGUUCAGCAAGACGAGCCUCAGAGAUCGACCCUCCCAUCACUGUAUAGACCCAAUGGCCAAACCAGCUACACCAGUAAUGCUUUCAAACAGAGUUCUUUGCAGGUCCCCGAGAGGGAGGAGCCCAUCGAGAGAGACGAUUACAACCUCCGGUUCAAGAGGUCAUACACGGACCUGGCUCAGAAAAUCUCCAGCCGGUACCCUUCGUCUCCCAGACGAAGAGAAGGUGCCAUCGGCGGAACAUGGAGACAUGUGCGUGAAGUUUUAGGACAUGGUGGGAGUAUGCUGUGUUACAUUGAUGGAAUGGUCAGCAUCCAUGAUAACGAGGCACUGCAGGCUUCUCUCACCAAGAGACCACUCCACCCGCCCUACGCCCCUCUCCGGGAGGACUUUGAAAACAGAACUCAAGAUUGUAUUUUUCCCAGAGUUGACAGUGAUCUAGAGAGGAAAUUAAAACUGGCUUCAAUGCCCAAGAGAAAGGGACACUAUCGUUUCUAAGAGCCAACUCUUUCUACCACACAUUUCAGUAUUAUUUUGUUUUGUUUGUUUUUUUCAUUUUGUGGUGCUUACAAACGCAAUGGAGGGAUGCUAUUUUUAUCAUCAAACAGAUAUAAAAGAAAUUUAAAAUAAAGGGGCAUAAUAAGUGUCAAAUAAGAUUGUAUCAGAAUAAAACUUUGUGUAUAAAAUAAAUAAAAAUUGCCUCAAUUGUUGAGCUAUAUAGAAAAAACAUUCGCUACAAAACACCAAAUGGAAUUU